AUGGCAGCUCGUCGAAAGCGACGGCUGGCUCCUCUCCGUAAUGCCUCACCACCACCAUACUCACCACCCGCCCAAGCACACAGCCGGCCAGACCUGAACUUCGCGCGAGUGCCUAUCCUACCAGAGUUCGAGCUCCUCCGUUCAUCGGUGCUCACGCCGCCGGGCCAAUUCGCCAAAGACGUGGCGUCGGCCUCGGCGUCGUCCGCCCUCCCGCCGUCCCCAACCUCCGACACUUUCCACGCCCCGCUCAGCAACGAUGCCGGUCAGGCUGGAUCUUCGCCGCUGCACCCACGCGUGGCAGUAAUUCUGGGCGUUGACCGCAGGUGGUAUAUCCCGCUGCUGGUGUGCCGGGCACUGAGCACACUGCCUGCGGCGUGGUGGGGGUUGCGGUGUGCGUUUACGUUCUUGGCCGAGCUGCUGCAUAUUCGGCCAGGGAUGGCCGGGGAGGGCUGGGCAGCAGCGAUUGUCGGGAGUGUGGGGCAGGAGUGGGAUGUUGAGAGGAGGUUUCGAGUUACAGAGGUCGCUUUGGCGAUCAUGUGGUGCUGCGCAUCCGCAUAUCUUUCUUAUUUCUUUGCUGAUUGUAUGAUGUCUCGAUGGCUUUUGAAUUACACCCCGCCUGCUGUCGUAAUUCGGCUGUUGACGACGAACGGGCUAAUUGCAUAUAUCACUUCAUGGGUUCUCUAUCUUUCCGGCGCAUCUUCUGAUCCACGGCUCCUCCUGCCUGCCUGGAUUUCCAUCACUACCACUCUUACCUUUGUCUACCACGCCACGCAAAACCAUGCAACCAUUAAACGCGAAACAGCAGCGUCUUUACUCGUUGUCUCCGUCGCUAGCUUUCUCAGCAUGUCCUCGCUCCUGCUGCAACUCCACCUAACCCGCGAGAACGAACCCGAGGUCCCCGUCUUUGUGAUCACCCGCAAACUAUGGGACUUCGCCGUUGCGAUCUUCCUGCGCAUGCGAAUCGCAGAUCACCGGGUCGCUGGCGAAUUGUAA